CAACAGCACGUGAAUCGGUGAGUCGCGGAGAGCGUAAACAAUAAAAUUAAAUUAUUUUGUGCUUGUGCAUUGUCUUCGUGCCUUCGUGGUGAAAGAAGGAAUUGCAGUUUACCUAGUAGAAGGGCUCAUACCUACUCAUACGUUAUUUAAUGUCAAUGAAAUGUCAUCAUCCGAGUAUGAUUAUGAUAGGGAAAGUGAGAAAAGGGAGGAGUGCAAGCAAAAAUCCAAAAAACGACGAAAUUAUUUUAAUAAUGACUGGCAGCAAACUUACAGUUGGCUUCUUAAAGGCAAAGAAGAAGGCACUGCAAAAUGUAUUGCUUGUAAUUCUGAGUUUUCCAUUGCCAAUGGAGGAGUUUAUGAUGUAAAGAAACAUAUGAAAACCGGAAAACAUAUAAAACAAGUGGAAAAUUCAGCAAGAACCCCAAAUAUAUUAUCAUUUUUCAAUUCUACAUCUACAGCGACAUCUACAAAGAAUAAUUACAGGACAGCAGCAGCAGAAGCUUGUUUUGCGUAUCAUACUGUACAACAUGCACAUAGUUAUAAUUCUGCUAACUGUAGCAAUUCACUUUUUUCAGUAAUUUUUCCUGAUUCCAAAAUAGCCCAGACAUUUUCUUGUGGAAGAACAAAAUUGACUAAAGUUGUUACCAAUGUUUUGGCAAAGGAAUCUCGUAAACUUAUCAUUCAAGAUCUCUCGGGAAAUCAUCCAUUCAGUUUGGCCACAGAUGCAUCGAAUAAAGGUAAUAUAAAAAUGUUCCCUCUUGUUGUGAGAUAUUUCAAAAAAGAUGUUGGUGUUCAAACCAAACUUUUGAAUUUUUUUGAUUCUUCUUCUGAAACAUCUAAAAUUAUAGCAAACUGCCUUAUUGAAAAAUUAAAGGAGGCUAAUUUAAAUCCCCAAAAUGUAAUAAGUUAUUGUGCAGAUAAUGCCAGUGUAAAUUUUGGGAAAAAUCAAAGCGUCUUUGUUGAAUUGCAAAAAUUUAAUUCUGAAUUAAUUGAUGUGGGUUGUCUUUGCCACGUGCUGAAUAAUUCCAUAAAAAAUGCUUCAAAUUGUUUGAAAUUUGAUUUGGAAUGCAUUAUUAUGAAAACAUAUAAUACAUUUUGCUCUCAUUCUAAAAGGAAACAAGAACUAUUGGAAUUUUAUGAUUUUUGUGAUGUGGAAUACAGUGAAUUAUUGAGGCAUGUCCCUACUAGGUGGCUUUCUCUAGUACCAGCUAUAGAUAGGCUUUAUAAAAACUUUGAGCCAAUAAAAAGUUAUUUUCUAUCAAUGUCUUCUUGUCCAGCAUUACUUCAUGAUUUUUUCACAAAUGAUCUAGCUGAAGCAUACCUAGGUUUAGUUUCAAAUAUUGGCACAUUAAUUCAAAAUGUAAUUUUAAAAUUAGAGGGCGAAGGACCUAUUAUAAUAGAGAUAUAUGAUCUAUUGUCAAAUUUGCGCAAUUCACUAAAAUCAAAGUUGGAGCAAAAAUAUUAUGGAAUGAUAGCACAUCAAGCAAUGCAAAAAUGUGAUGACUUCAAUGAGGUCAACUUGUUUAAGAAGAGAGCUGAAGCAUUUAUUUCAAAAAUUGUAGAUUACGUAGAGCAAAGAUUUGAUUUUACCCAGAAUCGCUUUGAAAUCCUAAAAAUAUUUAAAUUAGAAACUAUGCCAACCUUUGAGAAAAUUUUAGAAUUACUACAAAAAUUUCCUAUAAAAAAUAUUAACACUGAUAUUCUUUUUGAAGAGUACGUCAUAUUAAAACAAAAAUUUCCAUCACUUGAAAAUCUUUCCUUUGAACAAAAGUGGGUAACAUUUUUAAAUACCUGUCAAGUACCUAAUUUUGAAAAAAUUGUUAAUUUUGUUUUUGCUCUGGCUCAUUCAAAUGCAAUGAGUGAACGAAUGUUCAGUUUGAUGUUUCAAGCUUGGCGAAAAGAUAGAAACCGGUUAUCUUUGAAAACCAUUGAAGCCGAAAUCAUGGUGAAACAUAAUUAUGGGAAAACUUGCAAAGAUUUCUAUAACUAUGUCUUAGAAAAUGAAAAAUUACUAAAAACCAUCACAUCCAAUGAAAAAUACGUAGAAUAAUAUUUUAAUAUCUAGCUAAGUAGUUCAUGUUUUAAUAUAAGUAUAUACCUAUAAUUAUUUUUCGCUUUUAUCCAAUGUAUUAUACACCUUUUUUAAAUAAAAUUUGUCUUCUUGUCUUGUAAAUGUAAAUACGAGUAGUUUUUGUAAGGUAUCAUAUUAUGUCACAAAGUCUUCUUUCUUAAUUGGUAUCCCCAGAAGUUGAAUAAAUGUAUUUCUUUCAAUGCUCAAACAUUUGAGUAAAUAAUUGACCAGUGUGUUUAAAAUCUUGAAAUGCCGCAUUUAAUGGCCUAUAUUCUACGCAUUUUUGUGGUCUGAGAAAGACGUAAAUUAGUCUAAAAACAUGUUUAAUGCUACCAAAAUUUCAAAAAUUUUCCGGGGGAGAACCCCCGGACCCCCCCGCCUACUGGGGGGUUUUCCAUACCCCCCAGACCCCCCGGUUGUGACAACGUCCCAUCUAUGCUCACUCCUAACGUACCCCUUUUUGGAAAUUUAUAUCUGGCAACCCUAGUACAAAAGGAGGGAGUAGAGAUUUUUAAGGUUAUGUAUGUUUUAAAAGUGACCUGUGUACCAACACAGUUCAGUGUGUAAACUACUGUUUUUUUAAUUUUUACUAUGGAAAUGGAAGACGCCAAUGUAGUAAACAUUAUUUUAAAUAAUCUUGAAAAUGCGUACGAUGAAAGUUCUUCCUCAGAUGAAGAUGAUGAACUUCUUAUUCGUUUGGUCAAAUACAAAAUUCCUAAGAUAGAACAUUUUAUAGAUGAUGUUGUGAAUAAACUAAACGAUUGUUUGUUUAAAAGCCAUUUUCGCAUGAAUAGAUCAUCAACAAACAAAUUAGUUGAAAAAUUUGGAAGUUCUUCGUUUUACCCCAAGAGUGUGGCAGGACAGAAAUCGGUCAGUUCAGAGAACCACAUACUGUCUUUCUUAUGGUAAGUAUUCCAGUUAUUGCCAAUAAUUCACAUUACUAAAGUGCUUUAGGUUUGCUGGUAACAAAUGUUGUCUGCGUGAUGUCUCCCAAAGAUUUGGAGUUGGCAUAGCAUCACUGCAUCGACAAUGUGAUCGUGUGAUGGAGUUUCUAGUUAGCAUAGCCCCUCAAAUAAUUACAUUUCCUACAGGAGACCUACAAAAGUUAAGCAUGGCUAAGGAAUUUGAGAAAAUUUCAGGUUUUCCUAAUGUGUUGGGAUGUAUAGAUUGCACAGAUAUACCCAUUAGAACACCAGUACACAAAAUUAAAUCAACAUAUGUUAAUCGACAUGAUAUUCCUUCUAUAAAAUUGCAAGCUGUAUGUGAUUAUAAAAGACGAUUUAUGCACAUUUUAUCAGGUGCACCUGGAAAAAUUCACGAUGCACGUUUAUUAAAAUUAUCAAAGA